AGGGCCACUCUUGCGCUGGACGCAGCCUCAUUGGCGCGGUGGUGAGGAAUGACGGCGGCGGUGCUGGGCCGCUGGGCUGCGCUCUCCUCACGGGGAACGGUUGGUGCGUAUCAGCUUUUGGUGCCACAUGGAUGCUGGGCACACAGUGACUCCUCCAAGCUGGCACCAGGUCAUUGGGCACAGCGUUGGCUCCUGAAACUUUACGAACGCUUUUUUGACAUUGAAAACCUUUUCAACUGGAGCAUUGCGUUUCGAAAUUGGAACCUGCGGAGGAAAAACGGAUACUAUGGAUACACCCAGAGAACAUAUGGCAUUUAUGUUGCUGCAGCUUACUACAUCCUGCAGCAGAGAGGAGCUGUACGGUUUGCAGGGCAGGAGGAAUGGUUCCGGGCAGAUGGAAGGGGCAAGUUCAGCUGGGAUUUCCUGAAUCUCAAAGAUGUCCCACUCGAAGCAGUCGAUGCCAGCGGCACCUUGAUGACCUAUGACGGGAUGGAGAAUUUAGUGUGUUUGAAGGAACUGAAGUAUUUGAACCUGAGCAGCUGCCCCUACAUCGAUGACUGGUGCCUGAGCCGGCUGUAUGUGUUUGGAGACUCGCUUGAAGAGUUAGAGCUCUCCGGGUGCCCUCGAGUCACAGAGCGAGGCCUGGUCUCACUGCACCACCUGAAGAACUUAAAGCGCCUGGGCCUGUCAGACCUGCCUGUUGUGGACAACCGAGGACUGGUGAGAAUUCUGCUGGAAGAGAGCCUGCCACAGUGCAAGAUUGUGGGGAUUGAGUACGAGGAUGGGUUAUUGCAGCAGACCCUGCUCAAACAGGACCCUGAACUGAGCACCUCCUCUCUGAAGUCAAGGCAGUGAUCGACGUGGCCACACCUUCCUGAACCAACCUGGUUGUACCAAGAGCUCACUUCUGUUUUCUGAGGGAUUUCCAACAACUUAUAGAUCUCCUGCCAUUUGCAAACAGCUCCCAGCCCAGUGUCAGUGCUGCCCUUGAAUCAGCCACUAGAGGAUGGACUCAAGCAGUACGUGGUGACAGUUUAGCUGCCUUCCUCUCUGUUUCUGAUAAACCUAAUGGUGUGCAUUAGCCUGGAAAGGACUUGUGAAAUCAGCGUUUGACCGCAUUGCACCUUAUUGCAACACGGUCCUUACAGAAUCGUUUCUGUUUAAAGAAGGCUGUCCCUUCCUGUCAAAACGUUUUUGUCACAAUUGAAGCCCAAUUGCUCUUUCAAAUAUCUGAAGAGAAAGUUGAUUAAAUUUGAAGUUCAAAUAGUUUUAUUUGUUUGACAUUGGUGCCCAGUUUAUCACUGGCAUCAUUGUGGUGGAUGUGGGGGAGAGAGUAGGGGGCUGUUUUUAAUUAUUCAUGGAAUGGUUCCUAAGGCGCCAAAGGAAGCCAUUCGUCCCAUCGUGUCUGCGCUGGCCCUCUGAAGGAGCGGUUCACCAUGUACUGUUCCCCUCCUUUCACCCCACAGCCCUGCAAAUUCAUUCUCAGAAUCUGAGCGUUGCUGGCAAUGGUCAGCAUUUGUUGCCCACCCCCUAAGUGCCCUCGAUAAAAUAAUGUUGGGGUUGAACCGCUGCAGGCCUUGUGGUGAAGCUGCACCCACACUGCUGCUAGGGAGGGAGAUCCAGGAUUCUGACCCAGUGCCGCUGAUAUCUACAGUAACUUAAAGGAGCAGGAAGCUUUGUUUAAAAAUAUAUACACACACGUGGGUUUUCCAUGCCCGUGCGGAGAAAUUCAUUAGAACAGAAGGAGGCCAUUUAGUCCCUCAAACCUGCUUACAAUGAGAUCAUGGCAGAUCUGUGAUCGCCAUAUUAAACCACCCCCC